AGUCCUGGAAACCUGAGCUGAAUGCUGACAGGAGAGAGAAGAUGUCUCACUCCUCUCUCUCCCGUGUUUUCUCCACCCUUGUUCUCAUCUCACUGCUUCCUGCAGAUUGUGACAGGGGACAAAGAAAAAUUGUUCAUGUGCAUGAGGAUGAGACUGGGGAUGUGAUUGUACAAACAGCCCCAGGUGUAGUGACCACACACCGGGGUGGCUCCAUAGUUCUUCCCUGCCGGUUCCACUAUGAAGAUAUUGGAGGAGACUCUGGUCCAAUGCGCAUCAAAUGGUCCAAGAUUAGUGAACCUGCAUCCUUCAGUGAUGUCUUUGUAGCCUUGGGUCAGGAAAGGAGAGGGUUUGGAUCAUACAAGAACCGAGCGGUUUUACAGGAAGAUGGACCUGGGGAUGCCUCCUUGGUUGUUCAGAAUGUUACUCUUGAUGACUAUGGUAGAUAUGAGUGUGAGGUGACCAAUGAGUUGGAAGAUGACACAGGAACUGUCAAACUAGACUUGAAAGGUGUGAUCUUUCCUUACCAUCCACGAUUAGGUAGGUAUAGUAUGAACUUUCAUGAUGCUGAGAAGGCUUGUAAAGAUCAAGAUGGAAUUUUGGCCUCCUACGACCAGCUACAUGAAGCCUGGCUUGGUGGUCUAGAUUGGUGUAAUGCAGGUUGGUUACAAGAUGGUUCUGUCCAGUAUCCCAUCUCCAAACCUCGUGAUGAGUGUGGGAAAAAGGAUAACCCAACAGGAGUAAGAAACUAUGGCUACCGACAUAAGGAUGAUGAGCGCUAUGAUGCCUUCUGCUUUACAUCCAAUCUGAACGGUAAAGUCUACUUUCUGAAGACAUAUCGUAAAAUGAGUUUUCCAGAGGCAGCCAAAGCUUGUGAAGAUAAAGGAGACACUUUAGCUAAAGUGGGGCAACUGUACGCUGCUUGGAAACUGCAACUCAUGGACAGAUGUGAAGCUGGGUGGGUUGGUGAUGGCAGCGUACGCUACCCCAUAGUAAAUCCGAGGAUGAAAUGUGGAGGUCUUGAACCCGGAGUGAGGAAUCUUGGAUUUCCCAGUAAAAAAUACAGACUUUUUGGAGUCUAUUGUUAUAGGCAGGAAGGAAAUAUAAAUCCACAAGAGAAAAUUGCAGAAGUGAUCAACAAGUGGAAGUCCAACCAUGUGUAGAGAGCAUGAUGGUAUGGAGUAAUACAAUGAAGUUCAUAAGUAUCUGGACAGUGAUGAAUGCUUUGGCUUUGAACUCCAACACAUUCGAUUUGGAAUGAAUCAAUGAGCACAAGUUUCUAACUUUAAUUUGAGGAUAUUUAUAUCAACAUGCCAAUUUUGUGACAUAAUAUAAAAAGGUAUUAAACUUUUAUAGGUUAACUUUAAGUUAUGUAGCAGGGUAACAACAAGACAAAUGUGAACUUUCAAAUAUGGAAAUCGAGAGGGAAUAGAAAAAAAAGAGAUAAAUGAGGGGGUUUGAAAAAUUGGCAAAACACAAGAAUCAUACACUCAAAGGUAUAUGUAAUGUAAAGGAACAAAUAUGAGAUUGCAUGCUUACCAAUGCUCCUUCUGGUUGCCAAGCUGGUGGGGAGCAAUCUCUGCACACAUUAGAAGAACUGCCGGUAAUGAAAUAAAUAUUACUGUCUAGCUAGCAGAAUCCGGACUCAUCGCACCCUUAUCAGCAUUCAAAGGCAGGCACAUGGAACUGCAUCACAGAGGAGGAGCCAAAGCAUAAAGCAGUUCAACUCAACCGUCCUUACAGGAUUAUACACUAAAGUGAGAAUUUAAAGUAGAUUUCAGAUUUAAGGUCACAAUAGCCGAACUGGAAAAAUUCUCUACGUCAGCUAUGGUUUCACUUAGACUACUCUGGACUUAUGUGUGAAAUUCACGUUAAACUCUCACUCUAGUAAAUAACCAUGUGAGUCCUGUAAGUAAGGACUGUUAAGUUUAUUUUUCCAAGGAAUGCAAGCCAGGUGAUAGGAUUGUUGUAUGUCUUGCAAUGUCAGAUCUAACUUCAUGUCUACAAUGUUAUCCUAAGUUGAUUCUGCAGUAUGCUUGGAGUAAAUGCUUUUAAUACAUUUUGGACUCUCUGCAGAAAACAUGUUUAUGUGGACUUCACGAUUCACUUUGCUGUAGGCCACAUCAUGAAUAAA